GCCCUGUUGUUUUUGUGUUCCCAGCUCCUGGGAAAAGCCACCGGAAAUUCUUUACCUGGACACCCUCAACCUGCGGACGGUGGGACUGGAGAUCCCUUCCGAAAGCUCUGCCGAGCUGCGUGGCGUCGGGAGCUUCUGUCUCCGUAGCGAGUCUGAUACCCGUUGAAAUUUGGUGGAGGGAAGCGAGGCGGGAGAGACGCAAUCAUCAGCGAGGAAGGCAGGCCCCGUCCGGGGAUCUUAGGAACCCUGCGGUCCAUCAUGAAGUUCCAGUAUAAGGAGGACCAUCCCUUUGAGUAUCGGAAAAAAGAAGGAGAAAAGAUCCGGAAGAAAUAUCCGGACAGGGUUCCUGUGAUCGUGGAGAAGGCUCCUAAGGCCAGGGUGCCUGACCUGGACAAGAGGAAGUACCUAGUGCCCUCUGACCUCACGGUUGGCCAGUUCUACUUCUUAAUCCGGAAGAGGAUCCACCUGAGACCUGAGGACGCCUUAUUCUUCUUUGUCAACAACACCAUCCCUCCCACCAGCGCCACCAUGGGCCAGCUGUAUGAGGACAACCACGAGGAAGACUAUUUUCUGUAUGUGGCCUACAGUGAUGAGAGUGUCUAUGGGAAGUGAGUGGCGGAAGUCCAGCAGAUGGGAGCACCUGGACUCGGGGGUAGGGGGAGGGGGUGUGUGUGGGACUUGGGGGAGAGAAGGGGGGGCUCCCACGACGGAGGAGACAGAAGGUGAAGACAUCUGGAAACACUACACCGCACACACCGUCACCAUAUUUUCACCUGCUCAAUUGAUAUUUUUUGCUGCUUCCUCGGCCCAGGGAGAAAGCAUGUCAGAACAGAGCUAUUGGAUUAGCUUUGCUUGAGGAAUGGAGAUGAUGUAAUUUCACAGCAUUGCUGCAAAUUUUUGUGUAAUUUUUUUUUUUAAUAGAAGAGUCAGGAAGUGAGCAGGUUGGGGCCAGAGAUGAUUGUGGACCAGCAUCAACUUCCGGCUCUUCCCUUCUCUUUGGGCAGAGAUUCUCUUUUUGACAUUUGCACAAGUUAGCUAGAAGAAGAGGAUGGGAAUGUUUUAGGACUACUGGUAGUGGACCAUUCCUGGGGACCAAAGGAGACACAUUGUAAUGAAAACAUUGUGUCCCGUCUCUCCUGUUGUCACACCUCUUCUUCUCCACACCUCCUCCUUUCCACUCCCCAUCCCAGUCAUAACCUCACACACAAACGUCACAGUACCGCCCCAGUGGUGGUGGUAGACAUCUGACAGAAACUUAGAUAGAGCUCUCUUACUUUAGGAAAUUAGGGGCCAGGCGUGAAGGAUACGUGAUUAUGAAGAUAGUUUGGAUAGCAUUUAACUGGAACUGAUGAAGUAUUGAACAUCUCUGCCUAACCUGCUGUCUCUCUGGUGCCCCUUAUUCCAUACCUACCGUGGAGUUUAAUGAGCCUCAGCCAUUUCCAAUUACAGACUCAAGGGAUGUCCUCCCUCCCUGCUGUCCCUUCAGUCUCACAUGCACAGAAACGCUAAGUGAUGGCCAGCUGCCUCCCUCUGUGGGUUUUCAUUUACUGCAGCUGCUAGUUAGAAAAGUUUGAGGGGAUGACUUUUAGUAAUUUGUGGGAUUCUGUUGAUUCUGAUUAUUUUCACUGUAGGGGUUAUGGGUGGGGGUGGGGAGCAGGAAUUGCACUUGGACGUAACAUAUCAGUUCAUCUCUGCUAAUGAAACGGGUCCUUCCGCUGGGGGGGAAUCUGUGUUGAUUCUGUCAGCUGCAGGCUCUUGUUUAAUGAAGUUUAUACUGUCAGGCCAAGGAAAUAAAGUAAUUGCAUACCUUAAAAACCC